UAUAGAUUAUUAUUGAGAAGGGGAGAGGGUGGCAGAGAGAGAGAGAGAGAGAGAAAGAGAGAGAGAGAGUGAGAGUGAGAGUGAGUGAUGUCGAGCAGUGAGAGAGGCGAAGAUCAAGUGAAGCAGAAAGAUGGUGAACGGAUCAUCGCCCCGACCCGUCGACCCGAUGGAACUUACCGAAAACAAAUACGAAUCAGACCCGGUUAUGUCCCUCCAGAAGAAACCGCCAUUUAUCGACCAAAACCUCUCCUCGAGAGAAAAGAGAUGGCCUCGCACAUUGGUCCUCCUGGUUAUCACCCUCAAUUCGAUUCUAAACCAAAAUCCAAAGCUGUUAAGAGAAAUGAAAGAAAGAAGGAAAAACGGAUUCAGGCUUCAAAUGAUAAGGAAACUAACUUAGAACCAACUGUAGCUGAAGAUAGUAGAAAGCAAGAAGCUACAAGUGUGGAGAAUUCUGUCCAUUCAUUAACUUCUCAGAUCAAUGAACUAGCUGUUUCUGACGAUUCUUCUAUCAUUACUCCUACUACCGCCAACUCUGGGGAAGCUUCGGAGCCAACUGGCUCGGCUCAAGAUAUAGACAAGAGAAUUCGAGCACUGAAAAAGAAGAUACGACUUACGGAAGCCCUACAGGAGAAAACUGCAGAGCAAGAUUUAAAGCCAGAGCAGCUAGAGAAGCUAGCAAAACUGGAAGAUUGGCGUAAGGAGCUAAAACAAUUGGAGGAUAAAAAGGAUGAAAUAUUGGCAGCGUGAAUAAUGUGUUAUAAUUAGCAUGAUAAUUUAAGAAUCUGUAGUUCUUAAUGUUUUCUUGAUUAGAUAUGGACUCUAAACCAGUAAAUCUUUCAAGAACUAUUUUUUCAUCGUCUCGUUUGGUAUAAUAUUUUAUUAUAUAUAACUGUUGGGGACUUGCUCAUCAAUUAUAUACUAAAGAAAGUAUUAACAUGAACCUUGUGUUUGCUUGAA